UGAAACUUGCUUUGUUAUAUAUCAAUGGAAAGGUUAUGAUAUGGGGAUAACCGUUAUGUGCUUUGUUUUAAUUGAAAAAAAAUUGUAGGGCGGAAAUCGCCAAUUAAAAAGUGCUAAAAUGCCAAUCUGAAAUAUGCCUCGAAUCCGCCUCUGAAAAGGAUUAAUUUUGAUGACGUGUAUGCCUGGACAAGGGAUGUGAUUGGCCAUCCCAGCAUAUCCCACAUCAAGCUUCAGUCGCGUGCAAAACCUAUUGUAAAGCCUACGUUUUCUGCUCACUGUCGCCGACUACAUCGAUAACGAAAUGGAAGAAAACCAAGAAGUUUAUUUGGAUUUGGAGUUUGAAAUUGACGAUUUUGAAGGAGAGACUGAUGAUGAAGAUUCCAGCUCGAGUGAAGAAGAAAGCGAUGUGGAUGAAGGUGAAGUAGGAGAAUACGCCGGUAAUGGUGGGUCGGAUGGCUCUGACUCUGACGCUGCGGUUGGUUACGGAGCUAGAGCUGAGCAUGCUGCCGCCGCUCUGGCGUACCAGCAUGAACCACUUCCUCCCGUCAGAGAAUUCGAUGACGCGGAACAUGAACAAAACAUUGGAGAUGCGAGGCCAAGGGGCAACCUAGAUCAUACAAGGCUUGAUCCCAACAGCACUGAUAUUUGGUGCCGAUGCGGAGGAUUUUGUCGGGUUCUUCCGUCAUUUUCUGUGGGAGACUGCAUCUGCUGUCGGGAGAUAGAAGAAGUAAGAUUUGAAGCGGAUUUUCAUGAUGACCUACAUGUAGGCCUCUGCAUAACUCAGGUCCCUUCCUUUGAUGCAGCAAUUUUGGACCCGGUGUCCCUGUUCAUUGCCUGGCAGCACUUUACUGAGAGGUGGAGACGACAAGCUCGAUCAUUUGCAGCGAGGAAUAAUGAGAAGUACAGAUACGUGGCAUAUCGCCAAUUCGUCCGCUGGUGUUGGGGCAUCCUCGGAAAAGAUAUUAGAGUACAGCUGCCAGCCUGCGUUCAAUCCAGGAUCAAGACAGCAUAUCCUGAUGGUGCUGGUCAUUAUAAAGGGACAGUUCUUCGACAGCUUGAUAUGAACUAAACUCGGAGAUGCCUUUUCAUUCAGCAUAUUUUCGACAGAUAAAUAUGAACGAAACUCAAAUGUAUACCACCUGAUUGAGGCUUCAAUUUUCUGUGAGAUGCCUUAUUAUAUGCAAUAUUUUUUUAUUGUUCAGUUGAUGUGGUUAUUGAUUUCCUCACUCCAAAGGAAAAGAACGAUAAAGUCCAAAACAGUUUCAAUUUCUUUGACUUUGGUAGGGGUACAUGAUUAGUAGCAAAAAUUUUUGGAAGCCUUCUAAUGUUUAAAAAAUUAAUUAGUCAUUGCCCCCCCCCCCCCCCCCCCCCGAUAAAAAAUAUCCUCAUUUGAUUAAAGUAUAGGAAAAAUUCAGAAUUUCAUUUGUUGAUGAUGUGUACCGGUCAAAACCAAAUAGGAUAGCAAAAUGAUGGCAUUUUACUAGAGAAAAACUGAAGUUUUUUUUAUUCUUUUCACUGGAGUCCUUGAUGGAAUAGUGUGCCAAGGGGAAUGUUAUUGCAAGUCGAUGGGCUUGCAUUUAGAAUAUUUUCUUGAUUUCCAACUCUACAAAUUCAAUUGUUUUACAACUUGCAUAGAUUUCACAGACAAUACACGUACAAUGUACUUGGUUUAUCUUCAAAUGGGUGAAUCUUAUAGCGUUAGGUAUUUUAGCCAUGUUACUGCCUUCAGUGUAUUUGAUGCCACUUUCUAUAUCUACAAAUGUAUUCACAUUCAGACUGUACAUGUAUGUAACACACUUUCCAGAUAGCACUCUUUUUCAAUUAAAGCCAACCAAAUAAGCUCAAACAUGUUCAAGGGCUAUUAAUGUCCAAUCCAUCUCGGCAAUAAAUAAUUUCAGUGUCUGUAUUUUGUACUAUAGAAAUUAACUCAUUUUCUGGAAAGGAAAAAAAAAAUUGAUAUCUUCCAUGUUCAAAUACAUGUAAUAACUGCUGUGUCCCGUGAACUUUUAUUUGAAUAACUUCACACAAUUUUGGCUGGUGAAUAAACACUAUUAGUUUAUUCUCUCAGCUCACUAGUUUGACUUUUUAUGCCAACAUUUCAGCUGACAAGCAAAUGCCUAUUACUUCCAUGGUCAUGGAUUGAAAUUUAUAAUUUUAUUUUUCAAAAUUAAGGUCUUCUGUUAUCAUGUUGUCUAUAGAUAUAAGAGGAAGUUCCACACUGACAGUAUUGUAUUUUUUUGGGGGGGGGGGGAGUGGGAGUCAAGACUAUCUCAAGUUGGCAUUUCUUGUAUUUAUUGAAUCACCUUGAUAACGAAGAGUAACUUGACUUUGAAAGUUUCCUUCAUCCAAUUCAUUGUGCUCUUUUCUACUCAUCUGCCUGAUUAACUUUAUACAGGCAAAUGUCAAACAAUGAUAAUCAUGUACACUUGUAGUGAUUGUUUAACUUCCAAGACCAUACAUGUACAUUUACCAUAUACUUUGUAGGAAAGUUAAUGAAUGUGAUGUUACCCCUUGAUAAAUUUAUAAAGCAAACUCCAUCACACCUAAAUUGCAUUAUUGGUUGUGACAGGUUAGUUUAGAAUUAGAAUUGAUUUUAACGAUGCACAUGCCGGCUGUUACAUGUAUGCAAAUAAGACGAAUGAUGAUCACCCACUUAUAGCAUAUCUUCUUUUUGUCAUGUGACUAAAGGUUUAUUCCUCUCUGAAUCAUUUAAAACAUUUUCUGGUUCAAUCAGGAGGAUCCUCUUAAA